CUUUACUUCUUUACUUUUCCCAAACAAAUCGUGUAUAAACAUCAAUCAAUUAAUUUUUCUUUUAUUUCAUUGUUAUUAAAAUGCAUAGUGUUAAUUGUAUGCCUAAAGAUUGUGCAAAACAGUGGGAGAUCUUGUUGUUGUUAUUAUCGUCGGAAGAGAAGAAAAUCGAUCGAACAAAUGAAACUGAAAUCGACACUAUGAAUUAUUUUUACAAUAAUGAGGGGGUGCAAAAAAUACUUCUUCAUUGGCUACAGCAAAUGAAAUCAACCUAUGCAAGGAAAAUUAGUGAGUCAGAUACAGCUUUAAAAUGUGAUGAAGUCUCCUUAUUGUGGAGAGAAAGAGGCAAUGAAAAAUUUAGAGCUAACUUAGUUGAAGGAAGCUAUAACUGUUAUACAAAAAGUGUUCUAUAUGCUAAACAUAAUAGUCUUAUGUAUUCCCUGGCCUUGGCGAAUAGAUCGGCAGCUUUAUUAAGGAUGAAACGAUUUCAAGAAUGCCUAUCAGAUAUAACACUGGCUAUUGCCAAUGGCUACCCGACGGACCAGCAGCACAGGCUAUUAUUGCGUCGUACAGACUGUCACAUCGAAUUGAAACAACGAAGUGAGGCACGUGCUUCCCUUGAUGCAGCGAUUAGACAUGCCGAAUCUCUCAAGCUCUCCGCUACAAACGCUUUGGAGUUUGAGCGUCAUGUGAAAAUAUUGGAAAGAAAGUUAGAUUCUGUGGUGGAAGAAGACGGUGUCAAAGAAUCAGUAACACUGCCUGAAUGUUUUAUGGGUUUAAAUCCACACUUUAAAGCCGCUUCUAAUGCGAUAGAACUCAGGUACAACGACACAGUUGGCCGCCACGUGGUCGCGAAGGCGAACACAAAGCGCGGCGACGUUCUGUUCUCCGAGGAACCCUACGCGUGGGUCACUCUGCCAUCGGAGGAGAGAGUUUGCGAGAUGUGCUGUAAAGCUGACAUCAAUCCAGUGCCUUGUGACGCGUGCUCGCGCAGCGUGUACUGCGACGAGCGCUGCCGCGCGCGUGCCUUUUUCCAUCGCUGGGAGUGCGUCGCCGCGCAGAGCGCGCUCAUCCCCACCAUCGGAAUCGCGCAUUUAGCUUUAAGGGUGUUAAUAAUAAGUGCCAACGACGGCUUCCCGAUGCCGCCAAGACGUCUCGCCAAGCCGUGCACGGCUGCGGACUUGUUUAAGAGCUAUGCACAAGUUGACAAUAUUAAAAUAUACGACAAGGACACGCCGCCUUUUUUCAGAAUGUUCAACCUCGUCACAAACUUCGACAAAAUGAACAACAUGGAUUAUAUACAGUAUGCUUUGACCGCGACGAUGCUGACCCUGUACCUGGAGAAGUUCACGUCGUUCUUCGAGUACCUUCCGUCUAAAGUGCCUUGCGCGUUGUCGCCCGGGGAACUGCGGCUGUUCGCGGCGGCCAUCGUCCUGCGGAGCCUCGGGCAGCUCGUGUGCAACGGACACGCCACACUCAGCCUGUCCGUCGUCGAAGACGACGACGGAAGAAACGGACGCACUCUAACGGAGAAAGAGGUGCGGCGUGCGACCGCUAUUUAUCCGUCCGCGGCCAUGAUGAAUCACUCCUGCGACCCGAACAUUAUCAACACAUUCUACAACAGUCGGCUGAUAAUCCGCUGCUCGCGCGAGCUGUCCCCGGGCAGCGAGGUGCUGAACUGCUACGGGCCGCACCGCGCGCGCGAGCCCACCGCGCAGCGCCGCGCCCAGCUGCGCGCUCAGUACAUGUUCACCUGCGCCUGCAGCGCUUGCAGCGACAGCGAGAGGAAGGACUUCGUGCUGUUGUUUAGCGCAUACGCGUGUCAGUCCUGUAAGGGACCAGUGUCAUGGCAAAACAACCGACCACGCUGCCAGCAAUGUAACGCCGAGUUUCAUCCAGAUCGAGCCCUCGCUCUUAUCGACAGAGCUGAGGAGUUAGCUACACAAGCCGAUCAAGCUAGGAGCUUGGAAGAGCGCUGCGAGAAGAUGUCCGCUUCAUAUCGUCUACGACAGAAGGUGUGGCAUCGACACCACGCGGGACUGCGCGCCGUCGCUGACAAACUCGCCAGGCUGUACGCUGACGCCGGUGAAUUUAGUAGAAGCAUGGAACUUAUAAAGCAAAAUAUUCAGAAUCUGGAAUAUCAAUUCGGGUCCUUCAGUGUUGAGGUUGCACACGAAUUGCGGAAGUUGUCAGAUGUUAUGUUGGAAAGAAUAUUUAACUCUCCACAUCAUGCGGACCAAAGGGAAUGGUGUCUUGAAGCACACAAAAUCAUAAAGAAAGCUAUUCAGUUGAUGGAACUGAACUACGGACCCUGGGAGCCGCUGGUGGCGAGGUUGAAAGAACAAGAGACGUUUGUAGCUUCUCUACUGGCGGAGACCAGGACUCCGAACACAGUUGAUUGCAUCCACCACAAUUUACAUUAUAACCUUAAAAUAUAGAAUAUAUAGUUUUUAUUUAUAUACUGAGUAAAUUCAAUAUAUCUCGUGAGAAUAUUCGAUA